CGCAGUAAAAACUCCGACACACGCAACCUCUGUGUACACUUCAACACGGGAAGAUUUGCGUGCAGGUGCGGGACAGGAGAGACUCGCAGGCUUUAAGACCUAACAGGACUCGACUGAUCUUCACCUGAUCUCUGGCUCUCAGUAAGGAUCCUCUCGGUGGGAUUUCACAGCAGUGUCCAGCUGCAUUGGAUGACGCUUCCAUCCUGGUGUCGGACAACAUUCAACAGCACUGCCAUGCCUUCUCUGCGACACUCAUACACGGUGACGGUACCGGAGGAACCGACCGUUUUCCCCUUAGACAAACCGGACCUGCGGCGGAAGAGUCCGUCGUUGUCUCGGUCCAAGCUGGUGUCCACAUUCAUGGGUCUGAUCAUCAACCAGGCCAAGAACAAGAGUACUCAAGGCCUGGUGGGACUGAGGAACCUGGGCAACACAUGUUUCAUGAACUCAAUCCUGCAAUGUCUGAGCAACACUCCCGAGCUGAGAGAUUACUGCCUGAGAAACGUCCACCGCACAGACCUCAACAACAACUGUAGGACUAAUGCUGCUCUCAUGGAAGAAUUUGCAAAGCUGACUCAGAGUCUGUGGACGUCAGCGAGCAACGAGGCCAUCAGUCCCUCUGACUUCAGGAGCCAGAUCCAGAGAUACGCUCCCAAAUUCGUGGGCUGCAAUCAACAGGACGCCCAGGAGUUUCUGCGCUUCUUAUUAGACGGUCUCCAUAAUGAAGUGAACAGAGUGACAGUCCGUCCUAAGGUGUCCGUCGAGGACUUUGACCACCUCUCAGAUGAUGAAAAAGGCAAACGGAUGUGGAAUAUGUACUUGGAGAGAGAGGACAGCAAAGUAGUGGAUCUGUUUGUUGGACAGCUGAAAAGCUCAGUGACGUGCACCGCCUGUGGCUUUCGCUCCACCGUGUUCGAUCCAUUCUGGGACCUAUCGAUACCUGUCGCACAGAAGAGCUCAGGUGAAGUGACUCUCAAAGACUGCUUGAGACUGUUCACAAAAGAGGAUGUGUUGGAUGGAGAAGAGAGACCGACAUGCAACAGAUGCAAAGCCAGGAGGAAAUGCACCAAAAGAUUCAGCAUCCAGAAGUUCCCUCAGAUCCUCGUGCUUCACCUGAAGCGUUUCUCAGACUCUAACAUCCGAACCAGCAAACUCUCCACUUAUGUCAACUUCCCCCUCAAAGAGCUGGACCUGCGGGAGUUCGCCUCAGAGAGCAGCGAGCGUCCUGUGUAUAACCUGUAUGCAGUGUCCAACCACUCUGGAAACGCUUUGGGAGGCCAUUACACAGCCUACUGUAGGAACCCGGCACUGGGGGAAUGGUACAGCUACAACGACUCCAGGGUGAGCCCAGUGUCCUCCAGUCAAGUUCGCAGCAGUAACGCCUACGUCCUCUUCUACGAACUGGCCCCCUCCCCACAAAGCAAAUAUCAGACAUGUCGGCUUUAGACACUGCAGAGGGGUGAUAAGCUGGGCUAAACUCGGCCUGAAAAAUGAAGUCAGACACUGCCUGCUGAGAGAGAGAGAGAGAGAGAGAGAGAGCUCCACCUGGUGGAGUGAGUACUCCUAUUACAGACUGUGAAUGUGGAGCUCCGAGACAUUGCUGGGAAAGAAACACCCCCUGACCUUCCUCUGAAAUGUGUUUUUUUUUUUUGAGAGGAGAAGAAGGGCGUGAAAGCACAUUUACACUUCAGGAUUUCAAGCGGAGCUCAGAAGUUGGGUGGAACUGAAGUAACACGGAGAAAACACGACUUCUGUUGUCAAAAAAGGUGUAGAAAUUCAGCUCAAGGCACAGCUGUGAAUCCAACUCAAAAUGCCUUCUUCAGAGAUAAAAAAAACAACAAAAACAUUUAACAGCUGUGCUCGGACCUGAAUCUACACCUCCUUGAGUGGAUUUUUCUUUUGCACUUUGAACAUGGACACAUUAUUAUUAUGUGAGGACAUAACUGAGACUUGAAACAUGCCUCGCACACUGAUUGCAAGUUCUAAUUUAUUCUAUUUAACAUAAUGUCAGUAACUGAAUGUGCAUACUGUAUAUAUCAUUUAACAAAGCCUCAUGGUUUCCUCUUAGAGCAGUGGAAGUCCACUGGAGAAUGUUUUAUGUCAAAGCACAUUUUAUUUUUGUACAGUAUUUAUGGACAGCACAGUGAAUGUAACUGCACUGUGGAAAAGCCAGACAUACCAAAGCAGCUGUGUAAAAUGCAUCAACAAUACUUCUUCCAGCAAUAAUGUUGCUGACUUUGCAUCUCAAGACAGUUCAGAGUCUAUAAAUGAUUAAAAUUCAAUGUUAACUUA